AUGUCUUCAAUUUCUGAUAGUUCUGAUGUCCUCCUCGUUUCAGACCCCAUUGCCACGGUUCUCUGCUGCAAAAAAAAAUUCUGGCUUCACAUAGGGGAAGUGAACACCUUGCACAUCAAUGGGCGAUCUGUUGACUUUGUCAGUUUUGACAUGCUCAUAGAGGACACAGUCUCUGUCUUGUACCAAAUGUCAUGCCUAUGCACGUCCACAAUGGAUGAUGACCCCGAUCAACAGAAUGACUGGAGGACUUGCGCAAUUGACGAGUGUUCCUUUACCAAUAAUUACCAUACCUGGUCGACUAGUUCAAGCAAUAAACCCUUCCAUUUUGAAAAUGCACACAAACUUUCCGUUCUAUCUAUUCCAGAGCACCGAUCUUGUGGCGUUAACUAUUGCACCUACCAAGGAAUACCCAUAUCGCGAGGGCUCUGCACAUGCUUUGUCUGUGAAGCAAAUCAAGACUUGGGUGAGAUUGGCGAGCAGGGCACGUUGGAUUGCCCACAGUGCUCACCAACAAUAAUUCUCAACCUUUCUCAAGGUCAGAGAGUGCUUGAGCACAUAGGCGUGCAUAUCCUUUAUGACCCUGCAGUCCUCCAAUCAAUGUCUUUGUGUGGUUUGUGCCUUCGUCCUGCACCGCUUUGUCAAUUCUUCUUGGCUAAAGGGAAGGGGGCAAAUGGGAACAUUAGGAUCGACCAAAAGGCUUCACGAGGUUGCCUGAUGAAACUCAAUUUUUCUUAUGGUAUCGCAGCUGUAUCCACCUCAUCUUUGCCAUGCUCUAAUGUCCCAAUCCAUUGCGAAUUGUGUUUGAAAGUGGAUCCUGCCAUCUGGCGGUAUUUCAUGAAAGCGCACUUCCAGGAAAAACACCCAAACACACCUUUCACAAAAUACGAACACAUUUGGACCCUUUCAAAAUUUGAAAGGUCUGAAAUGAAAAAGAUCUGGGGAAAGCGAACAAAGGUGACCAUAAAACGAGCUAAAAAACUCACUUUGCAAAUAUCAGAGAACCAUCACACUCAAAUUCCAUUGAGUCCUGCCACCACUGCAAUCCACCUCUAUUCCAUUGACUGA